AUGGUGGAGUGGGUGGAUGAGGAGCUCACUGUUGAGGAGGUUGCAUUGCUGACUGUGCUCCUCACUGAGAACUGUGAUGUCUUCACACUGUUGCUCCUGCGCCUGGGCCAUGCCAACCAUGCACCAUUUGGGCUCACCAACAUGCUGGCCAGUUUCCAGUGGGAUAUGGAUGUUGUGCUGUCUGGGCUGAACUGGCUGUUGACUCUGGUCUACAUCAAUGAUAUCAUUGUGUUCUCCAGGACUUUUGAGGACCAUCUGGGGCACCUUCAGGAGGUGUUCCAACAGCUGUGGGCAGCAAACAUGUACAUGAAGCCCAGCAAGUGCAAUUUCUGCCAGCAUGAGCUGCUGUUCCUAGGGCACAUCAUGCAUAAGGACAGUAUCAUGGCCAACCCUGAGAAGCUACAUGCCAUCCAGGUGAUGACAAGGCCUGCUAACAUCGUGGAGGUGCAUGUGUUUCUGGGUCUCUGCAACUACUACUGUUGGUUCAUGCUGGACUUUGCUCAGCUGGUGGACACACUCUACUGCCUGACUUCCAGGAGUGUGGAGCAACACUUCAUGUGGGUGGGUGUUCAAUCAGCUGAAGAAGCAGCUUAUGUCACCCCAGUGCUGGUGUUCCCCAACUUUGAGCAGCCAUUCUACCUGCACAUGGAUGCUUCGCAGUUGGCCAUUGGGGCGGUCCUGUUGCAGUGCCUGAACAAUGGAGCAGAACAGGUGAUUGCCUACACAAGCCAUUGGCUGUUGGGCAGCAAGUGA